AUGGAUCAAGCCGACAUCCCCUCCCUCCUCUCGCGCCUGAACAGCGACGAAGACGCCAUGCGCAAAAUGGCCGUCUUCAAACUGCAAUCCUCAAUCAACGACCCCGCCUUCGCAGACCUCUUCAUCUCCUCAGGCGGGCUCACCAUUCUCCGCCGUCUCAUCAUGAGCACCGGCGGCAACACCCUCGCAUACUCGCUGCAAUCGCUCACCCGGCUCCUCGAGGUAGACAUGGGAUGGGAGAUAUUCGAAUCGUCAGGGAGUGGCGAGCUGGUAGAACGCGUGGUAGAAUUGAUUGUCACACAUCCUCUGGUUAAUAUCCUGCGCGGCGCAAUGAGUAUCUUGGUUGCGAUUGUGUCGCAUUCGCAGAGUGAUAGCGGGGCGUCGAUGAGGACGCCUGGGGCUUUUGGGUUUCGUGCGCUGAAACCUGCGGUUGCGGUUUUUCCGCAGUUCUUUGAGAUGGUGGUUAGUCAGUUGAAUAGUGCGGAUCAUGCGUUGUGCGCCAAUGCGCUGAUGUUGCUGAAUGCACUGAUGAGGGAUGCUAUAUCGAGUGAGAAGGAUGGGCCGAAGACUGGAGGGACAGUGGAGGAAUGGCCGAAGUUUAUAAAGAGAUUACAGGAUUUGGGGGUUAUUAAGGCGGUUUAUGUUUUGAUGCAGAGUAGUGCGUUGCAGGAUUUGGCUCAUCCGUUAUUGGAAUUUCAGGCACUGACAAAGGUUUUGUUGAAGAAGUGGAGGGAUGUUAAUGUGGAUUUGGAGAGACCGGAACAUCGAAGGGCGCUGAAGGGAAUACAUCUUGCAAGCGCACCGGAGAAGAAAGACAAAGAGUCUACUGUUAAUGGGACGAGAACGGAAGAAUUGGCGGAAGGUGGUUCAGGAAAUGCAAGAAAGGGAAGCAGGAAACACAAUCCUGAGAAAUGGCGAAGACUCGGCUUCGAGACAGAAAGUCCAGCAUGGGAAUUUGACCCAACCGGAUUUUUGGGUAUGAUGGACUUGACAGAUUAUGUGAGGAAAGAGGAAGACAACUUCCAGAAAAUGCUUCUGGAGCAAUCAACACGACCAUUACACGAGAGAUGUCCUAUCGCCACAGCAAGUCUCGCUUGCACAGCCAUUCUAUACGAACACUUUGAAGUCGAAAAAUCCGACGUUGAAGACGCCAAAAGCUAUCUCGUCCUCGACGGAAUGAAAAACUACGACAAAAUAUUCCGUCCCCUCCUCCUCCAAUGGUCACGCCUCCACACAGCAAGUCUCCACGCCUUCUUCCGCCUCUGGAAAUCCACCGGCGCCGAACGAGAAGACUUCGACAAAGUCGCCGAGCUCGUGCGCAUCCUUAUCGACCAAGUCGUCGGCCUGGCCCCUCGCACAAAAGACAUGCUCGAAAUCGAAGAAGAGCUCUCGGAAUUCGAGUACUCCCGCCUCCGCGAAAUGCAAAUGGAACUCCUCGAGCUCUCCUUCGAAGACGAAUGGGGCCAACACCUCCACCAGGUCCGCGACGAACUCAAACACGAAGCCCUCCAAUUCGUCAAGGAACAACGCAUCCGCUGUCUCCUCUCCGGCGCCUGGUUUCCUCGCACCACGCUCAAACCAACUAUCGAAAAUCCCAGACCCUGGCGCUACAUCAAACUCUCACAUAACCGUCGCUACCUCCAUUACGCGGAUUUCGAUACCCAGACCACCCAAAACCCAACUCUAGACGCCCUACUCGAUAAAAUAGACCUCUCCACCAUCUCCUCCGUCAUCUCCAACGUCUCCGCCACCGACGAAUCCUCCUCCAUCUCCAGCACCUCCACCCUAAAAACCACAUCCCAUUCCCACGCCCCGCCGCAGUCAACCACGAAAAUCACCAUCAACACCACCGUCGAAGGCGGCGAGCGCGCGAUCCUGACGCUCAUGCCCGCCACUCAUUCCCUAGCGUCCGAGUGGCUCGAUGGGCUGCUCAUGCUGCUGAAUCAGACGCCGAUUACGGCGGAGACGAAUCGGCUGGUGGGACUCGUGGGCGAGUAUGGACUGAAGAUCCGACUGCUGAAUGUUAGGAUGGGGGAGGGGGAGGGGUAUGCGGAGGGGAGGGGCGUGGUGCCGAGUCGGGAGGGGUUGGAUGAGGAUUAUUUUUAUGAGGUGUAG